GUCAAGGAUGGUCUCUUUCCAAUGCAAAAGAUGGGCGGAUAUGGAAAUUCAAGGUUGCACGAUGUCAAACGUCCUUGAACCCAGGAACGCCUGGUUGUUGCCUGCUGAUGGAUCCUCAUGAAUACGAGUUUCAGGUCAUUGGCCAUCAGGGAAAGUUAUGCAGCAAGUGUUUGUAUAUUUCUCGUACACAUAAGUACUAUUUUGCGGAUAGGAUGAGAAAUUGGAAAGCGUCGGAUGGCGAGAAACAUGAAACACGAUGAUCCUCAUGAUCGUCUGUCAAGCGGCAUAUUUUUUGCAGUGGCGGAUUUCUAAUCAUGGCGGAAUCUCAUGUGAGGGCUAGAGUCCCCCCAACUUUUUCUUUGCUUCAUGCUCGAUGAGAUGUUGCCUAAAAGUAGCCAAUCCGCUCGUCUCCUUCUUACAAGGGGAUCUUUUACUUGGUUUUUCUGCUUCUUUGCUUCUUUCUAUUUUUUUCAUUCUUCUUCUCUUCCCUUCAUUUCCACCUUGCGAAGAGCAUGUCAAGAUGCAUGUCCAACCAACCUCACCAUCACUGAAACAGCGAUUCCUGCGCUAUCUUUGCAAGACCGCGCUCCCAGGCGUGCAAGGUCGCAAACCGAGACCUACCACACUACCAGCUUACCCGAGUGCCAAGAGCCAAGUGUUCUACCGCAUCGAUGAAGGAUUUCAUCAGAUCACCAAACCCAAGUCAAUGAUUCUGCCGCUUCACAGCGAAUGUAAAAUAGGUAUGGAUAUACGCCAAACCAAAAAAGAAAGAAAGAAACAAAGAAAAGGGGAAAGGGAUACCUGGGAAGAAGAAGAAAGAAGGGGAAGGGGGGGAAAAGUGGAUCGCGAGGGAUACAACUGGAGUGAAUCCCUUCCUUUGAAAUACAGCAAGUAGAGAAGAAAAGCCCAAAAGUAAGGUUUAUCUAACACUUAUUAGAUUUUCUAACCAGGUUACCG